GCAUGGGACCUACAUGUGCUUAAGGUUCAUUGAUAAAGCAGUGAGCUUUAAGUGAAAUUAGAAGUGCUGAUAGCAAGACCAUGAAACCGGUCAUAUCACUUUACUGAGUAGACGUGCUGACUGUACUAGUAUGAUAGAUUCGUUAGAAAAAAUAACUGGACAUUUUCACAUGGAGGAUACGUACUGGUCAGGUUUCUGUGGAAAUGGAUCAAGAUACAGAGCGUUUUGGAGUUGGAGUUUGACAGUGAACACCAGUAAUCCUGACGUCACACAAUGUUUCCAGGACACAGUGUUUGUGUGGGUGUCCUGUGGGAUUUUCUGGUUGUUUGCCCUCUUUUUUAUCCCAGUUUUAUCAUCUAAACCCACCGUGCACAGGAUACGCGACGCCGGGAAAUUAAACUUGGCUAAAAUGAUCCUCAGCAUUUUGCUAUGCCUGAUCUCCAUUUUGAAUUUGCUUAAGACCAUCAGUGAGAUACCUACACAUCACACACCACCAUCCGCCUUCAUCGCACCUGCCAUAUAUGCUAUCACAUUUGGAAUGUCGUCGUUUUUGAUCACGUACGAGUUUAAGAAAGGCGAGGUGUCCUCAGCCAUGUUGUUCAUCUUCUGGUCCAUACUUCUCCUACUAGGGGGUGUGUCACUAAGAUCUAAAAUAAUACAGGUGCAAACUCAGGAUCUAGACAGCAUAUUUUCCUUGGUGACGUUCUGCGCUCAUUACACCUGUAUCGUGCUUGAGUUCAUUUUGCACCUGUGGGCGGAUCCCAAAGCGCUGCCAGAAAGCACACCUGACUGGGGAGAGUUGUCCGAAAAACAGCCAAUUUUGGCAAAAACUAGACCAACCAAAAAAUCAAGUGACAACAUGGAAAUGACACCAGAGAGGAGUGCGUCCUUUUUAAACCGAAUCUCAUACUGGUGGAUAACAAAGCUGGUUAUCAAGGGAUACAAGCAGACUCUGGUGUUUGCUGAUAUGUUCAGACUGCUUCCUGAAGACUCGUGUGACGUCAUUCUUCCAAAAUUUCUGAGAGAAUGGAGAAAAGAGAAAAAGAAAACGAGCAGUAACUCAGCCGUCCAUUUCACUGCAAGUCACGACUACGGCAGCACUCCCAACGGAUACCAGAGCUACCACCAGAUGGGGAACGGGAUCCCUUCUGCCACGACAACCCCAACUGAUAGUCUGAAGGUGGAGACAACGAUUGCGUCCACACGUGGAGAGCCUAGUUUACUGAUGGCUCUACUACGGACGUUUGGACCUUACUACGCUAUGGCCGCACUGCUCCGACUGUUGUUUGAUGCUGUCACGUUCGUCAAUCCAAUGCUGCUAAGUCUGCUGAUUACCUUCGUAGAAACUGGCGACCCGCUCACGUGGCGGGGUUACUUGUUAGCCGUGGCGAUGUUCUUAGUCAGCAUGAUCCGUUCUCUGCUCAAUCAAAACUACAACCGAAUUUGCUUGAGAGUUGGGCUAAGGGCGCGUUCGGCCAUCAUAGCAACUGUGUAUAGGAAGGUCUUGAAAUUGUUCGCUUGGGAGGAGCCAUUUCUGAACAAAGUGACCGAAAUACGUGACUCGGAACUUGCUUCACUAAGAAACUUCUUAUUUGCUUAUGCUUUCACUUGUACCAUUUGGUUUCUUACGCCGCUGGUGAUGACCCUGGCAAGUUUUGCUGCCUAUGUGCUCUCAGAUCCCAGCAAUGUUCUUGAUGCCAACACGGCUUUUGUGUGUUUAUCGUUAUUCACAAUCGUCAAGAUGUACGUGACUGGCGUCCCCAUAUCCAUAAGCGCCUUGAUACAGGGUAGAGUUUCUCUGGAGAGACUUACUAGAUUCCUCGUAGAAGAAGAACUGGAUACAGACAUGGUCGAUAGAACCAAGUCAACUAAUGGCACUGUAUCUGUGCAAGAUGGUAAUUUUACCUGGAACAGAGACGAGCUGGCGACUCUAAAGCAUUUGAAUUUUGAAAUCCCCCCUGGCUCUCUGGUGGCUGUGGUAGGACAGGUUGGAAGUGGGAAGUCAUCCCUACGCAAUGCUCUGCUAGGAGACAUGGAGUGUUUAUCUGGGAACAUUAAUGUGACGGGUUCCGUGGCCUUUGUCCCACAGCAAGCAUGGAUACAAAACAAAACUGUCAAAGAAAAUAUCCAAUUUGGAAAACAGUGGAACCAAUCCCUAUACAGGAGGUGUCUUUCCACAUGCGCCUUGGAGCAGGAUUUAAAGAUUCUCCCAGUUGGAGAUGAAACAGAGAUUGGCGAAAAGGGCGUAAACUUAAGCGGUGGUCAGAAGCAGCGAGUGAGUUUGGCCAGAGCGGUGUACCAGGAUUGUGACGUGUACCUCAUGGACGACCCUCUUAGCGCAGUCGACAGCCAUGUUGGAAAACACAUCUUUGAUCACGUGAUUGGGCCGGAAGGAAUACUGAAAGACAAGGUAUUCAGAACAACCUGUGUUGAAACUGGCCUAGGGCCCCUAAGAUGA